UUAUUGCUUACUCUCGUGUGGCUACAUUAACCAGUUGCAUUGCCUCAGAUAGUCAGAUGAUAAAAAGUUAAAAUACUCAGUCUACUGAAUCUGAAAGAGAACAGAGCGAGAAAUAUGUACUACUUCGGCGUGUUUGGCCCGAAUCUGUAAAUCUCAGCCCAAAGAUAAAUUCCCCAUCCGACCAUACCCUGUAUAUAAAAAUAAGUAAUAAAAAGAGAAAAAGUAAUGUUUGCUAGUGCUACUGUAGUGACAACUUGCAUUUAUCUGCCUUGCAGUAUUUGAUUUACAAAGAGAUGAAAGUGUACUUGUUGGUGUAUUAUUGUUGGAUCACGAGCCCUUCUGUCUUUAUGAUUUUCAUUUUCAUUACUUUGAUGAAUAAAUACAUGUCAAAAGAAGUGAGAUAGUGAAAGAACAUUGUGUCCUCUUUCAAUGUCUCACCUUUUCUUUUAUUUUUGUACUUUUUCAUAAACAAAGUAAAACUCAACAAUGCUUGGUAAAUUAGUGAAUAGAUCGUUGACAAAAAAAAAAAUUAGUGAAUAGAUCUUGUACGAUUUAAUAAACAUAUCUAUUUAGUCUUUUUUCUAUAGAUUUGUUUCUUCACUAAAGAUUUAUUCAGUGUGUUAUUUUUUCUUGAACUACAAUUAGUGUUUAUAUAUUGGUCUCUGUAACGAUCAUGAUAAUACUAGUAUUUUAAGUAAUGUUGGAGGACGAACACAAGAAACAAAUAUGAGCAGUAAAUAGAAUAGAGACCCUUCGAAAUUAAAAUAUUUAUGAUAGCAAAUGGACAGAAGAAGAGUGUUUAAUUUAAAACCAAACAAAACAAAUGAAAAUUUAUGUUCUUGAGAAUAAAGGAAACAUGGAGACAAAUGACUAUAUAGAAACUGAUCCGAAUGGUACUAUAUCAUGGAUAGCAUACGACCAAAAAGCACGAACACCAGUCAGGGGUAAAAUCGUGAUCUCGUUUUAUAUAAUCAAAAGGUAAAUCGUAGGUGAACUGUGUUGAUUUUCAAAGAAGCCAAUUGUCAUCUGUCGCCACCUGAUCAUGAUUUAGUAGCAAUGUCAUGUCCUAUGUGCCCAAUCCGACUUCACGUGUGUCUUUCUCUUUCAGAUGAGUUGUUUUUGCGUUAUUUUCAUGUUCACUCCUCUUACUGUUCAAAGUAAAACAAGUUAGACGUCUAUCGAACUUUCAAUUAGUACCUAAAGUCUCCGAGCACUAUGAAUAUUAACAUACAAUAAUAAACAAAUACAUCAAGUGGUCUACUAAUUUACAAGUAAAGCAUAUUCAAAUUGAAUCAUAUCAAUAAAAACAUAGACCAGAAUUAAGUUGCUAUGUUGCAGAAAAAAAUGUUAUGUUGCGAAAAGUGGAUCACUACUACUUGUCUAGUUGGUCAUAUGCGAGAAAAUUAGUUGAUGAAGCAGGUGCAUACCUUACUCUAUCGAAUUCUGUAAAAUAUUAAUUUGAGGUUGUUAAAUUUUCAUUAUUCAUAUUUUAAUUAUCGUUUUAGAUUUGUGUAUAUAAUUAAAAAAAUAAUUAAUUUUAUAUGUUUUUAAAAUAAAAAUAUCAUUACGUAUACAUCUAACUAUAUUUUAAUAAAUACAAAAUUAAAUAAUUUUUUAAUAAAUUGUGUAUUAAAAUUUUAAAAUAACACUUAUUUUAUAAUGUAAAUUUUAUUUUACAACGAUAACUAAACCGAAAUGGAAAGAGUAAUAAUUUUCAUUGGGUAAACGUAAACAAUUGUCCUCGUUGUAAUUGAUAGUUGAAAUUCACAUAAACUCCCAUAAUCAUAAUCAUUAUAUUUUGUUGUGUUGCGAUAUAUGACUGUAGUCCCAAGUGGAAAGCUCCUUUGGUGUGAUUAAGUAAUAUGCAACCGUGUGAUGAUGACAUAUAUUCUCCAUUUAUCUAUUAAAUAACCUACUUGAUGUAAAAUAUAUCCCUACUUGUUUUGUUUGAUCAAUUAUUUAAUGUGUUCGUAUUAGGUUAUAAUGCAAAUAUGUCACUUUCAUAAUUAUUAUUCCAUUAAAGUAGGUGUGUUUAACUGUAGUUAUUAUUUAUGUAUCUAGACGCAAUAGUUUGGAGUCUACAGAUAAUUAUGUACGACUUAUUUUCCUCCGACUAAUAAAACACUACUACUACAGUUUAACAAUAUGAUAUGAUACGUUUUUUUUUUUGAAAAACAUUAUGAUAUGAUAUGUUGCGUCGAGUUUUUAUUUCUGCUUUUAAAACAUAACUUAUUGAAAACUGUUUAGCUUACCGUGUGUUUAUGUUUAAAAUCUUAUAAAAUUAUGUGAACAAUAUGUUUUGUUUUUUCUUUUUGCUUAAAAAACAAUAUGUUUAUAUUAAUUCAAAUAUGUUUUGUUGGUAUUCGAAUUAAUAUCAUUUAUAUUAAAACAAAAAUCACAACCUUGAUUCAUGUGUGAUUUUUUUUUAAAAUAGAUUUAUGGACAUAUUUCUAAAAAGUCAUGUUACAUUUAAUUACUAAUCUUAUCAUUUAAAUUUUGGAUCUACCAGAAAUUUUUAUUGGACUAUCAAUAAUUAGAUUUAAUCAAUAGAUGAUCCAUUGGAUUUAUAGAAGGUAUAAAUUAAAUAUAUAUAAUUUAAUGUUGUAAUAUUAUACUUUCAAAAAAAUAUUUAUACUUUCAUAUGUCAAUUAUUUAAAUAUUUAUCGAUGUUAAAUUUUAAAUUUAGAAAGAUUUUUUUAAAAAAUAACAAAAAUCAUAUUAUCUAACAAUGACUAAUCUUUACUACCUUAAACCAAUGAAAAUAAAUUUCAAACUAUAUAGUUUAUUUUAAAAAUAAAACAAAAACUAAAUGUUUGAUUAUAACAUAAAUCUGUGAAGCGAAAAAUUUAAUUUUUAUAAAACUUUCUAAAUUUAUGAAAUGUUACAGUGUUUUUGAAUAUGACAAUAAAACAAUAUUUUAUUAAUUUAUAUAUAUAUAUAGUUACGAUUUUAAUAAUGAAAUAAUAAUCUAAAUAUAUAAAUAUAUAUAGAAGAAGAUACAUAUACAUGUGAAAGUGUGAAACAAUCUAUCCAAUGAAAAAAUAUACCGUAAACUUAUUAUGUUUUAAAAAUUGAUAGACACAUAUAUAUUAUAACAUAUCUCAAUUUAGAAUUAAAAACAAAAUGUUUAUAUAAAAUUACAUGAAAACAAAAACCCGUGCGGUUGUGCGGAUAGAGAUCUAGUAAGCAAUUAAUUUUGGAAAUAUCUGUUAUGUGUUAAACAUAUUUUAACCACAAUGCAACUCCAUGUGAAUUAGUCGUGUGAGUUUAAGUUUAGUCAAUUGGUUGGGUUUGAAGAAGCAUUAUGGAGUCCCACAAAUUUUUUUCGAGCUUGUAAAAUUCUCUCGAGAUUUGAAAUAUCUCCGUUGAAGCUUAGAUUGUCUUUUACUCUCCUACUAUUUUAUCCUCAUAAUUCAAGAUACCUUAUAUAUAGAAUUUGUGUUAUACUUAAUUAUACGGUUAAAACAAUUACUUCGCCAAGUUUAAGUCGGAAAGUAGUGUUGGAUUUUGGAACAAAAUAUGAGGAUCUCCUUUUGUAUAUUUUUAAGUGAAGCACCAGGAGUUUAUAGAAUCGAAGACUGGAUGAAAAGAAGAUUUCACAAGUGUUCUAAGCGUAUAGGUUAAUAAGAAGACGCCGAAGGAUCUUUAGUUUAGUUGUUCUACACAAUUACUAUAUUGUAUCCUCUGUGUGAUCUAGUCCCGAUUUUCCCGAAUAAAUCUGCUUUAGUUAACUAUUGAGAUUCUUACAACAAAAAGUAGAGAAGUGGAGCAUCACCAAACAAAGAGCCUUUUAUAAAUAUUUACACAAUAUGGGGUCAAGCCUUAAAAAGAAACCAAGAUGCACGAAAGGCUGAACCGAACCUUGACACAGCCAAACACCAUAGGUUUAUUAUUAGGGUAUUUUUGUCCGGUAACUUAAAAACUCUACAUAAUGAAAUCCCCGACUAGUAGCCUAGAGCAAUAGUAGUUAAAACUGUAAAAAUGAUAAAUGGGAGUAUGCAAAAACUGAACCAGUAAAGUUUUUUAUGCCACUUUUAUGAUUAGUAAUUAUUAAAGUGAUAAUACUUUGUAUUGUACGUGUACAAGAUUAUCAAUCAAACCCAAUUAUGAUGAACAUGUUUUGCAUUUCUUUUAAAAUUGCUGUUCUAUUGAAUGGAUAUGAUAUGAUUUUUUUUCUCCUAUGUACGUUUAUAAAGGUCAAGUAAUUUAUAAACUCUUAAUAAUGUUAGGUUAUAAUUCCUAGUAUUGAAAUCCAAAAGCUUAGAGUUAGUAUGUUUUAUCUUUAUCAGAUUUUAGGUGGUUGUCAAACCAAGACAUGAAUUUUUUUUUUUUUUUUUUUUUUUGAUAAACCAAACCAAGACAUGAAUAAAUUUAGAAAAGGGCAAUUGUCAAUAAUAGCACCUUUUGAAGUUUUCCUUCCCAAACUAGCACUCAGGAUUAGAAGUCACAAAAAUAGGUUUCAUUAAAGGGGUAAUUUACCUUUAUACCCUUUGUUAUAAGAAUAGAAAAAAAAAAACAUUUCAUUUCAUUCGAUCGCGAAUCUUCUCCGGCUCCUCUCGGGAAUCUUCACCCUCACCGGCACUGUCGUCUCCGACUCGGGAAUCGUCGUCUCCGGCUCGGGAAUCAUCUUCUCCGACUCGGGAAUCGUCGUCUCCGGCUCGGGAAUCAUCUUCUCCGACUCGGGAAUCGAAGUCUCCGGCUCGGGAAUCAUCUUCUCCGGCUCGCUAAUCGUCUUCUCCGGCUCGCUAAUCAUCUUCUCCGGCUAUCUAAUCAUCAGCGUCACACUCUCUACUCUCAAAAUCGGUAACUUUUUAAAAUUAGGGUUUUUGAAUUAAAAUUUGGGAAGCUUGCGUUUUGAUUUUGAUUUGUGUGUUACUCGUUCUUAUUAACAAGCGAAGCAAAUGAAGACUUUUGUGUUGUUUUGUAUUUGUGUUAUUUCAGGAAAGCCUUCCAGAAAAGUUUGAAAUUUUUUUUUCCUUGUUUACGCAGGAUAGAAACAAGAUGGGAGAUUCAGUACCUCUAAAACUAGCACUGCCAGAGCUGAAGUAUCCUAUUGGUGCGCUGGAAAAGUUAAAGUCAUUUUGUUUGAUGACUCGUGUUUUGUCGCUUUGAACAAUUCUAAAGAAGAAAUUUACUUCCACCAUUCUGAGAUUCGAAAACCAAGAAAAUGGGUAGAUGGUGUUUGGGAGAUGACAAAAAAGAAGGAAGAAGAGCAGACGCAGAGUGUGAAUCCAAGUGAAGGAGAUGGUGAUAAAAAGGGGAAGGGGAAGGCUGUCGCUUGUAAGAAAAAUGAAGCAGCUGGUCCAUCAGAAGAUGUUGUUGGGAAAAUGGCAAAAGAGAUGGAAGUAAAGCAGGGUAAGAGUGUGAAACCAAGUCAAGACGAUCAUGCAAAAAAGGGGAAGCCACAUGUUGGUAAGAAGAAGAAAGCAAAUGCUCAGCCAGUAGAUUUGCUUCCUUUUCUACAGCGAGAAGAGAAGAGGCCAAUACGACCUAGAAACCCUCCUAUACCUGUAACACCUGAGGUAAUCCUUCCAAUUGAUCCAUUUGUGACACCUGAAUUUCCUCGGUUUUCAAGGCUUGCACACUGGAUGGAUCUACGGGGCAUAUAUCGUGUACCGUUUUAUAUCAAUGGAAAAGAAAUUGAAAAAGAGUUCUUUCAAAAAAUGGACGAUGCAGAAAAAAAUCUCAACAAAGAGCACAUAAAUGUUGCAUUUGAAAUGCUAAAUUGUAAGAGGGUUGAGCAAGGUGCUUGGUUCCGCAACAACAAUCUUCCAGCAGCAUGCUUUGUACCAGUCGAUUUCUUAGAAGUGGUUGGAUACGCUUAUGAAUCUGUCAGGAAGCCACAUAAGAAAAAAAAAAGUUAUUGGAGGGCUGUGUAGGCGAACUUGUGAAAGGUUUAAUACAUCCAAAGAAGGUAUGGCUGGAAGAUGUUGAUGUUAUAUAUGGUGUCAUUGAAGAUAAGUUGAGCUGUCACUAUAUUGGGGUGGAGAUACAAUUGAUGGACAACACAAUCACACUCUUCCAUUGUGGUCUUCCAAAAGCAAAUAUCAAACGUGCUCUUAAUAAAAUCCAAGAACUGGCAGGUAAAAAUAUUAGCUAAUUUAGAAAAUAAAAGUUUGUCACUUGCUGCUUGUGAUUGUGAUGCAUUUUUACAUAUUCAUUUUGUUGUCUGUUGGUGAUUGAUUUAUUGUAUAAUUUUGGGUAUUUAUGACAGUGUUGAUUAGUGCCAUAAAGAUGGAACUUCUUGGUGAAGAGGUUAAUUUCGAAGAUAUCAGUCCAUUUGAAGUUAAGUUUGCAGAAGGGCUUCCAAAAACAAAAUUUCCAUACAACUGUGGUAUUUUUGUUGUGAAGAUGCUGGAAUGCAGGUCACUGGGAUUGAAGAGCAUGGCUAAUAUAAAUGAUGAAACUGCGAUGGACUUACGAAGCAAGCUAUGUUGUGAGAUCUUCGACCAGUUUAUGGAUAAAGAUUUCCAGGAAGGUCAAAGGAAGUGAAAAUGUCAUAUUUGUUCUGUUUUCUACACUGUUUUUCUACUUUGAUAUUAAUUAUCCCUAACGUUUAAGUUUGAGUUUGUAAUGAAUUAUCCCUAACGUUUUUUUCAUUUAGAUUGUUAUUGAAAAUUUUUUAGGAUGUAUUGAUGAAUUGUCAAAUGCUUAUGGUACUUUUAGGAUGGGUUUCCAGAAAAAGAGUGAGAAAGCAAAAUGCACCAAAGCCUAGCAUAUUCCUUUAAAGUUUACAAAAAAAAUGAAAAAGAAAGUGAUCCGAUGUUGAUUGAACUCGUGAACUCUCGAAAGAUGAAUCAAAGUGUGCAGCCGCUGUGCCAAGGGUGUUAUACUUGCCAAAAGAUAUAAUAAAACGAUAAUAACUUGUAACUUUUGAAUAUUUAAUUAAAAACAGAAAAAAGUGAAAAUAUACACAACGGGAAUCGAACACGGCUUAUUGUGUGAUAAGGGUACACUAAGAGUAGAAGGGCUUGCCACUAGGCUAUGGUGGAUAUUCGAUAUCAGAGUAAAUGUGAACUUAUUUAUUCACAGACGAUAGAUUUAUAUGAUCUGGAUAACAUUUUAAGUAUUCAGGAUAGCUUUCCAAAAACAAAUUCCUUUAAAGUUUACAAAAAAAAAAAUGAAAAAGAAUGUGAUCUGAUGUUGAUUGAACUCGUGAACUCUCGAUAGAUUAAUCCAAGUGUGCAGCCGUUGUACCAAGGGUCUUAUACUUGCCAAAAGCUACAAUAAAACGAAAAUAACGUUUGAAUAUUUAAUUAAAAACAAAAAAAAAUGUGAGUAUACACAACGGGGAUCGAACACGACUUAUUGUGUGAUAAGGGUACACUAAGAGUAGAAGGGCUUGCCACUAGGCUACGUUGGUUAUUCGAUAACAGAGUAAAUGUGAACUCAUUUAUUCACAGACGAUAGAUUUAUAUAAUCUGGAUAUCAUUUUAUGUAUUCAGGAUGGCUUUCCAAAAACAAAUAAGCAAAUCAGAUAACCAAGUUAUAAGAACACUAGGCCAAACCAUUACAAAAUAGUGAAAAACAUUGAACAAGUUUUUUAUUUAGGUUGUUAAUUGAAGAAACAACACAAGAGAAACAAAAGUGCUUAUUCAUUUAAAAUAAAAACUGAAAAUCAAACAUAAUGUGGUCCUUAAAAACAUAAAAAGAGAAGACGAUAACAUGAAAUUACUCAUGAUGGAGCCAACUUUCGCCAAGUUUAUCCCAAUCAGGGACUUUGACCUUCACAUCAGCAAGCAUUCCUUCCGCUUCCGAGUGCUCUUCUUUGAGUUUCUCCAACUCAGCAGUUAAAUCAAAUUUUCCAUCAGCUUUGAUAAUAUCUUCAAGCAACUCGAUUUGGACAGCAAUUGAAUUUGCUUUGCUGGAUGCAAGAUUCCAAUCAUUCUCAGAUAGCCUGUAUUCGUUGGACAAACGAAGAAGAGCCCUGUAAUGUUCCACAGUUUCCUUCUUCCCCUUCUUGAAACCUUCGGCGGCAUCACAUCCGUAAACCUCCUCUAUGGGACGCUUCAUCAUCUUCUUUGAACUUCCUUCCAUUGAAACUUUGUCCUGCAACAAAAUCGAAACUAAGAUGUUACGAUAAAAUAGAAAUAGAAAAAAGUUCAUGAAUUGAAUGGAAAAUGAGAAAAAUCGAAAACUAACUUGUAUUGCAAAAGGAUAUAUCAAGCGAAAUGAAGUGAGUGAAUAAAAGGUCUGAUAUCGUCCCUUAUAUUUAUAGAACAAAAAGGAACUCUUCGAUUAUUGAAGUCAGUUAAAAUAAACUCUUGAUUAUUGUGGAACUCUUCGAUUAUUGAAGUCAGUUACUGAAAUAACCAAUCAUAUAACACCCAAUCUUGACGAAAAGAAACUCUUCGGUGACUGAGUUACAUGAUGUCGUUUGGAAGAGACUCUUCGAUUCCUGAGAUAUAUGUUUGAACAAAAAAAAAAAAA